GAAAAAUCAAAACUCGCACAUCCAAACACUGGAAUAUCUUUGUGAUAAAAAUACCAAAUAAAUCCUGAUAUUUCUUCUGGUAAAAUCAUCGUUUAAUAGAUUUCUGAUAUCAGAUCUGUUGUACUUGGAAUAAAAAGGAGGAGAUCUACCAUUAUUUUGCUUAUACACAAUGUUGUAUAAUGUUGGUUGAGUGUUUACAGCGAGGACAACCCAAAGUUAUUCAACUCGUGUGAGAAGUUCUCUGAGUCAAGGGGAUUGUGAAGUUGAUAUUUGAAGACAACAAUGGAUCCAUUGAAAGCCAAAGCUAAUUAUUCCAGGGUAUGUCAUUUGUUAGUAGAUAAAGGUGGAGAUGUUUUGAGAAAUGCUUUGCAUGCGGUGCAUCCACCUUCCACCUUCGCUUCCAUAUUGAAUGCAAACAAGAAGACCUUACAGAGAAUACGAUACAGUGUAAUUAAAGCCUCUCAAUGGGAUCUACUCUUCCCAAAAUCUGGUACACCAGAUUCAAAAAACUUUGAUAUUACCCUAUUGACUGUCCUGCUCCGAAACAUUUGUGGAAUGUCUGCACCAGCCACCGGAUGGAAUGUGAUGCCUCCAGUCAGCGAUACUUCAAUAUCUGCAAAUAUUUUAAGAGUCAAAAUGUUUAGAAAUGAAGUCUAUGGUCAUAUUCCAACUGCUGGUUUGGACGACGUAACGUUUGAAACAUUGUGGCAAGAAAUUUCUGUUCCGUUAGUCAGCUUGGGAAUUCCUCAAAAUGAUAUUGAUGAAUUAAAGGUGGCUCCUCUUAGCCCUGAAGAAGAAAGUUACAUUGAAAGAUUGAAAGAGUGGAAACAACAAGAGGAUGAUUUUAUGUUAAAAUUAAACGAUGUUGAAAGUGAAGUAGUGAAACUAAGAAAGACAGUUGAAAAUGUUCAUUCCUCGCGUGUCGAGGAACUGGCUAAAUUUAACUUCACUGGAGAGAUUCGUGACCUUUGUAGAAAAUUUCAAGAUGGCACCAGAAAGUGGUUGUUUGAUAAACUUUCAAAUUGGUUUGAGAGUGAAGAAUCCAGGGUCUUGAUCCUAACUGCAGGUCCAGGUGUUGGGAAAAGCGUUUUGUCUGCAAAGCUUUAAAAAAUAAGGACUUACUGCAAAAGUGGCACUUACAUUAGCAGAU